AUGUCCACAUUAACGUUCAAAAUCAGUUUACGUGAAAUUUCAAGUAAUUCGAACGUGAAUAUUUAUUUGAGUGUGUGUUUUGUGGAGCGGUCUCGAUAUCUCCUAUAGCUGGUAGCUUUGAUCGAAUCGUGUAGCCAUACAUAAGCUCGGUAGGCGUUUUUCCGGUAGUCGAGUGUGGUGUUGUAUAAUACAUAAUGAAAUUAUCAUGUAGAUCUUUUUUCCAAUCUCUGCCUAGAGCAGCGCUGAUCUAUAACCGUUUUACGAGAGAUCUGUUUUGCCGUUCGACGAGACCUUUUUUUUGCGGCCAAUGUGGUGUUGAAUGGUUCAAUGAGAUUCCGUGAAGCUUGCUGCAUAAAUCUAACUCUGUACUUACGAACUGCUUGGCAUUGUCGAGCGUUAUUGACCGAGGAUACCCCAGGCGAGUGAAAAUUCUGUCAAGCUUACAGAUUGUGUCCCUGGCCGUUAUUUUGGACAUUAUUUCCACCUCUUUAUAGCGACUAUAGUAAUCGAUGAUGACAAAAAGGUACGAACCACAAGGUAAUGGACCGAGGAAAUCCAUUGCAGUAUCAAUCCAUGGUCCAGACGGUAGCGGGCGACGACUCAUCGGUUCAGGUCUGAUUUGAAAUUUUUGAAUGCUUUGAAUGCACACCAGAGAUGCCAGGUAAAAAAAAAUCUGCAGUCUGCAGUCCAUAUAUACCGAUUAGCAGCGCUGCCAACUAAACCGAUUUUUGGACUCGAUACAGGAUCUGUAUACUGUCGCUGUCUCAUAAGGAGUUUCUAUCUGGACGUUUCUGACUAAUUUGUUGGACGAAGACGCAGCGAUAAUUUCGUUUAAUUUGACGGGAAAUCCAUAGGAUCGAUUACACGUAAGCGUUAAUUAUUGCGGUGAGUGCAAUUUUAUACUUUUUUUGGUAUUUUAUAAAUAAUUGGCGAAUAUCCCUAACGUUUGUUAGGAUCCUCAGAGUGAAAUUUUGAAUAGUUUUAAUAUUCAAAUGGCGCCCACAGUUGCAGCCACGAUUGAACCAUUCCGGAACGGCACGUCCUUCGGAGAUUGGGCUACACGAUUGAAAUAUUUUUUCAUCGUGAAUAAAAUUGAAGAUGAUAACGACAAACGGGCCUACUUCAUAACUAUGGGUGGUCCAGUAAUAUUUUCUCAACUAAAAUUACUUUUUCCGACUGGCAAUUUUGAAAAUGUUCCCUAUGAAGAGCUAAUUAGCAAACUGAAAGCUCGUUUGGAUAGAACCGAAUCGGAUUUAAUCCAACGACUUCGUUUUAAUACUCGUGUCCAACAACCCGACGAAACCUUACAAGAUUUUGCUUUGUCUUUAAGGUUACAAGCCGAAUUUUGUAAUUAUGGUGAUUAUAAAGACCAGGCCAUUCUGGAUAGGAUGGUUGCCGGGGUAAAAGAUAUUGAGUUGAAAAAAAAGUUGUUGAGCGAAAAUAAAUUGAAUCUUGCUACGGCAGAAAAAAUUUUGGAAACCUGGGAGAUGACAAGUGCGAACUCCAAACCUAUAACUGAGAAAGAAGACGAAGCUUUCGCUUUGAAAUUUGUUCCUGCUAUGGGCAGAGGGAAAAUUUUACAAAAUCUUGCUGAUGUUUAUAAAAAUAACAGUGGUAAAUUUGAAGAUAAAACACGUAUCCCAGUGAAAGACAGGCUCGGUUAUAAGAAUUUGACCGAUCGACGAUUCAAAAAAGUGCAAUUUGAGAACGCUAGAGAUUAUAAGGGACAGAAGCCUGCCGAGUGGAGGAAUGAUUUUAGGAGACAACCAGUGUUGGAUCGACGUGUUUGCAAUUUUUGUGGAAUACAAGGACAUGUAGCAAGGAAAUGUUACAAACAACGGAUUCAAAAACAGCGUGAGGUCAAUCUGGUGGAUGUUCCUGGUAGCAGCAAGGACAGUGUUUCUGAUCUUCUUAAUCGUCUGAAUACUAAAGAUUCUGAUGACGACGGCGAUUCUGAUUCAGGUGAAUUGUGUUGUAUGCAUGUUUCCUCUAUAAAUAAAAUUAAUAGCCCUUGUUUAAUUAAUGUUAAAAUUGACGGGAAAGAGAUUCAAAUGAAGGUAGAUUGCGGAGCUUCUGUAUCAGUGAUAAGCAAAGCUCAAUAUUUUUCGCAUUUUACAAAAACUUUGAGUAAAUCUUCGACAAAACUUAUUGUAGUGAAUGGGACUGAAUUGCAAUUAAUAGGGGAGGUGGUAGUCAAAGUGGAGUUUAGAAAUGUAAAAGCGAAUCUGAAAUUGUUGAUUAUAAACUGCAAAAACAAUUUCUAUCCGCUUUUUGGAAGAACUUGGUUAGACGUUUUCAUUCCUAACUGGAGGGAUUUUUUUGCGGAAAAUAUUUUAGUGAAUAAUAUUGGAAGAAAAAACUUCUUGGUAGAAGAAAUAAACUAUAGACCAUCCUCUAAAAUUAGUAAUGCGGAUUUCUGUUCUAGGUUUCCGCUAAAAGAUACUGUUGCCAAAGAGUACGAUGUAAUACAUAGUUUAAAUUUUAGCAAUGAUUUCCCGAUGGAUUUCAAACUUUUUGCUAGAGAAACAAAAUCAGACAAAUUUUUACAACAAAUUAUGAAGUUUGUACAGCAUGGUUGGCCAGACAAAGUAGACAUACACUUUGCCAAUGUUUUUUCUAACAAGCAUGAUUUAGAAAUUAUUGAUGAAUGCUUAUUCUCAAACUUUUACACACCAACCAUGGUGGAGUUGUAAAAAUGAAGCAAAUGGCAAGACGUUUCGUUUAUUGGUACGGGAUAAAUAAAGCAAUUGAAAGAUUUGUUGCUAACUGUGAAAGUUGCAACAGUAUGAUGAUUACACCAAAACCCAAAAUUACUUCUAAAUGGAAGGAAACUACUAGACCUUUUAGCAGGGUGCAUUUAGAUUUUUUCCAUUUUGAGCAUCGCACUUUUCUGCUUAUAGUAGAUAGUUUUUCUAAAUGGGUGGAACUGGAAUGGAUGAAAUAUGGCACAGAUUGCAAGAAAGUUUUAAGAUGUUUAGUUGCUUUUAUGGCAAUAUUUGGUUUACCGGAUGUUUUAGUUACGGACGGUGGCCCUCCUUUCAAUUCAUUUGCAUUCAAAAAUUUCUUAGAAAAACAAGGAAUAAAAGUAUUAAAAACUCCGCCUUACAACCCGGCUAGCAAUGGCCAGGCGGAGAGAUUAGUGAAAACAGUAAAAGAUGUUUUAAAAAAAUACUUAUUAGACCCAGAUAUAGCAGUAUUGCAUUUGGAGGACCAGAUAAAUUUGUUUCUGUUAAAUUUCAGAAAUUGUAUGACGAAGGAUGGUAAAUUUCCAUCUGAAAAAAUCUUCGUUUAUCGACCUAAGAUGUUGAUUGACUUAAUCAACCCCAAAAACAAAUACCAAAAUAAUCUAUCUUCUCCUGAAAUCCCGCAACAUGAUGAUUUAACGCAAUUAGGCCCAGCAAGUUCUGUAACGCCUUUAGAUGAUCUGAACGCGGGAGAUGAAUUAUGGUACAAGAAUAAUCAUUCACACAAUCAAGCAAGAUGGGUCCGAGCAACAUUUCUAAAAAGGUUUUCAAUUAAUACUUUCCAGGUUCAAAUUGGAAACGCGCAAAUUCUCGCCCAUCGUACUCAACUUAGAGUUUCGAAAGAUCCGGACUCGGUGGUUCGGCCAAACGCGCUGAUAACUGUCAGACCACGAAGAAGAUUGGAGGGACAACAUGAAACGACAUUGCAAGAUGGAGAAGAAGAAGAGAAACGACAGGAACCAAACUAUGAACAAACCAACCGAAUUCCGCGGCUUGGUUGGCCGGUGGACAGAAAAUCUAUUGAUGAUGAAGUUUGUUUUCGUGGAUUCCCAGAAGAAAACUUAGAUACGAAUUCUAAGACUAGGAAACGCAAAGCUACAAAGGAUGCUAUCGAAGCACCCCUCAGAAGAUCUAAAAGACGUCGGAAAAAUUUAAGUUUUGAUGAUUAUGUAUUGUAUAAAUGAUAAUUUUGUCGAUUUGUUGUCGAAGAAUUUUAUGAAAUAAUGUAAAAUAAUUUUUAUGAAUUCUCGAAUUAGGUUAAUUCUCUUCCUAAAUGGGAAGGACUUGUUGUAUACAAGAAUUUAGUACAACAGGGUAACUUUUACCCUAAAAAGUAGUUAAUCUGAAUUAAGUCUGUUUUGCAGAAUUCUAAAUAAAUGAUCAGCGUGCAGAGAAGACCGUUCUCUUUCUGACAGCUGACUGUGAACGAUUUAAAUCUAGUGUUGUUUAUUAAGAAGAAUACCCUUUCGCUCCAAUUCGUCAAAGUUUUAUUAGUUCUCGGAUAUACUUCGAAGUGGACCUGUUUCGGAUAGUUCUGGAGUCUAUGAGUGCACCACAACAGAAGAGCGUGAAAUUUCUACGGUUCUAUGCCCCGAACGUUUUCCGGUUGCGAGGAGAAUCGACUGAGUGGGCAGCACCCCGAUGAUGGCGAGGAACUAUCGAUUGCAUGAUACUGCAUGAUGCACAAGCCGGUGUCGAGUUUGUGCAAGGGCACUUGCAAUAGGCACGUAAAAAGACUGCUCAUGCGCCAACAAUGUUCGACAAAUUGGUGGUGCUGCUGCUGCAGUACGCUUGCAGACCCGUGGGGAACAAUUUAUUACCGGCUUGUCCUGUUGGUAUGAGACUUAUCGUGCUGUUCUUAGUGGGCAAAGACAUUCGAGCUAUGAUGGAUGGAAAAUUUUAUUGGUGUUGACUGGCGUAAGGAUUUGAAUAUACCUUGACUAUUCCAGUAGCAUCAGUCAAAUGUUGUUGUUUACAAAUGCAAAAAAAAAAUCAGAGUAAAAAAACCUUCAAGCCUUUGUUCUUUGUUCGAAGGUUUGCAUAAAACUUUUUUGGUUCGUCAAACUAUUUAUUCCAAUUUAUUCCUACCAGCUAAACACACAAUUGAGUCGGAGCAUAUGUGUUCUUUGAAGGGUCAUUUCUCUUAGGAGAAGUUUAUUUAAGAAUUGCUUACAGGUUAUUUACAUGUUCACAAUAGCAAUGAAGGACACACUUGAGAAGGAACAACACGGCAAUAUUUGAAUAGAAAUAAUGAGCACUAUUACAAUUGCAAAACAGAUUGGUAGCUACAGGGAGAAGCAAAAUUGAAAAUGGAAUUGCAGUGCGAGAUGUAAGAGGUCCAGUUAUGUUUCUUCAGGGUUAU